CGGAUUACGAGCAAACGGUACCAGUACCAAACACACCGACAACUACCCGUCAUCAUCACCAGAACACAGUUCAAAAACUCAAAAUAAAAUGGCCGCCAAGGUAUGGAAUAUUUUACGGUUUAAAAAUUAUGUUCAACUCGUAUUUAAUUAACCACGAUCAAACGNGAAGUAUCACGUAGCAUUCGAUUAGCGAGUUUAGCAUUAUGGAAGGGAUGUUCAACGGCGAACCCUGACCGAUCGACAUAAAUACGACGGAUUACGAGCAAACGGUACCAGUACCAAACACACCGACAACUAUCCGUCAUCAUCGCCAGAACACAGUUCAAAAACUCAAAAUAAAAUGGCCGCCAAAGUAUGGGAUAUUUUACGGUUUAAAAAUUAUGUUCAACUCGUAUUUAAUUAACCACGAUCAAACGAGUUCUACCGAGAACGAAUUUUUUUUCUUUUUUUCGAGAAAAAAUCGAAUAGAAAAAUGAAUCCGUUUCAUAUAUAUUUCUGACUAAAACAGUAGACGAAAAUCUCCGGUCUCGGCAGUAUACUUCUGAUUUCGUCAAACCUUAUUAUUAUUAAAAAUUAGCAAAUUAAUAGUCUCACCUACAACCUUGUCUAACAUUACCGUGCAUUUCAGAUGAUCAUUCUCGCCGCCUGCGUGGCCGCCGCCGUCGCCCAAUACGCCGCCCCGGCUUACAAAGCCGCCCCAGCCUACAAACCCGCCUACUCAGCACCCGCAUACCCAGCACCAGCUUACCCAGCACCCGCCUACAAACCAGCCCCAUACAAGGCAUACUAAUAACCAACCACUUCGUUCAAACUCUUCAAUACAAACCCCCGCAAUCGUUGAUGAGCUGAACUUUCCGUUAUAGAAACAGUACAGCUCAUAUACCAUUCCUACAACAUCGGAAUGAAAAAUGUUUAAUUUAUUGUUUGUUAAUUAAUAAAUAAACUAUUAAUUUAACAUAUUGAAUAUUUUGUUUCGUGUUUAUUCAUUUGUCUGUUUACCCGAUCUAAUUACUAUACAAGUACACCACAUUUGUCUUACAUAUUAAACG